AUGGAUGAGAUGAAAGAUAAAAUGAAGGGGUUAAUGAAGAAAGUCAACAACCCGUUUUCAUCGUCUUCUUCAGGCAAAUUCAGAGGCCAAGGUAGAGUCUUGGGCUCUUCUUCUCCUUCGUCAGGCCCUGCAAACGUCAAUGCAACCAGACCCUCCCAAUCUUUGAGUACUCCAAAGCCAAAUCAAUCUUCAUCAUCAAAUUCGAAGCCUGCAACUCAAAAAUUGAGUAAUAGUUCUGAACAGAAAAUUGAGGAUAAGAAACCCGCAAUUCGGGUUGAUUCAGAUAGGAAUGAGAAGUCUGAAAAUGGGUUUGACCCAUUUAACUCAUUGAUCACCUCUGGGAAAAGGAAUCCCAAUGGUUAUGCUUUGAAAGUGUUUGAGUGUCCAGUUUGUGGUAAAGGCUAUGGCUCUGAAGAGGAGGUGUCUUCUCAUGUAGAGACUUGUUUGGAUAAUUCGAAAUCAUGUGACUUUAAGGAUGGUGAAAAAGAAAUUGAGUGUGGCAAGAAUGAAGUGGAGGCUUGUGUUGCUACAUAUUUAUCAGGGAAUCUGUCUGGGGGAUCACUAGAUGUAGUACUAAGGCUUUUGAGGAAUAUCGUGAAGGAGCCAGAGAAUACAAAGUUUAGGAAGAUUCGGAUGGGGAAUCCCAAGAUAAAGGAUGCGAUUGGAGAUGUUCUGGGAGGAGUGGAGUUAUUUGAAUUCAUGGGCUUUGACUUGAAAGAGGAAGCUGGGGAGAUGUGGCUUGUGAUGGAUGUGCCAUCAGAGGAACAACUUGGUUUGGUGAAGAAUGUCAUUUUGUUAUUGGAGCCGAAUAAGGUUGAGGAACCACCAUCUGCAGCUCCAGCUAAUCUAGAGGAACCAGCUGAGCCAAAGAAGGUUGAUAGACAGACACGGGUGUUCUUUUCCGUCCCUGAAAGUGUAGCGGCAAAAAUUGAGCUUCCUGAUUCUUUCUACAACCUUUCCGCUGAAGAAUUAAGAAGAGAGGCAGAUAUGAGGAAGAAGAAGAUUGAAGAGUCCAAGCUUUUAAUUCCUAAAUCAUAUAGAGAAAAGCAGGCAAAAGCUGCUAAAAAGAGGUACAAUAGAACAGUUAUCAGGGUACAGUUUCCUGACGGGGUGGUGCUUCAAGGCAUCUUUUCUCCAAGAGAGCCUACUGGUGCUUUAUAUGAGUUUGUAAGCUCUGCAUUGAAAGAACCAAGCUUAGAGUUUGAGCUGCUACAUCCCGUUUUAAUCAAACGCCGGGUGAUCCCACAUUUUUCUGCACCAGGAGGACGAAAUGUGACACUUGAAGAGGAGGAUUUGGUUCCUGCAGCGCUUAUCAAGUUUAAACCUAUUGAAACAGAUGAUGUUGUUUUUACUGGUCUCGGUAAUGAACUGCUCGAAAUCAUUGAACCCCUUAAAACUGAUUCAGCAGUUCCUCCAUCGUAA